CUUCCCCUCCAAUGUCAUAUGUCACUCCUCAAUAUAAAAAUACAUUUGGCUUGAGAAUCUAUCAACAAUCUGCAGUGUUUAUUUACACAACAGAAGCUGACGGACGCUCAGUUCGCUGACAAAGUAAAACUAAAUAAACCAGAAGGGAUCCGACAAGAUGAGAAGUCUGUUGGCAGCCCCGUGACGCCAUGACGGUCUGAGGUUGUCUUGUGAACAGCGAGCUUUGCAGAGAGACACGACGGAUAAAUCUGAGAGAACAGGUUAAAGGGACAGUUCACCCCGAAAUCCAAAGUUGCACAGAAGGAAGUUUCUUCUACACGAGCCAUCACAGCAGAACUGUCCAGAUGGAUGAACAGCACUGCAGCUCAGAGGAAAAGUAUGGAGUUCUGAUCACGGGGUGAACUGUCCCUUUAAGUGAGGAGCGUCUGGGCCGCAGUGAGAAACAGCUGUGUGUGUGGAUCAUUUCAAAGCUUUGUGUGAACACCUUCGGAGCUUCCAGCACGCGUGGCUCAGCCGUUACCUGAGGGCGUACGGCGAGGGGCGUGUCUCCGUGUUGUCAGUCGGCAGGAACAUUGCGUCCUGCUGUCUGAACACUGCAGGAUCGAGUUACGCUGCGCUGCGUUACAACCCAAACAGGUUCAGCGAGUGACGUCUUACCACCCGACAGGAAAUCUGUGUCCCCACGUCUUUGUUUUUCAGUGGAUGUAGACUGACACACAUACUGAGCAGGGUGUUUACAGGGUAUUAACCGGUUCGUCAGCGCCCUCUGGUGGACAGACUGUGAACUACAGGCGCUGUUUUUACAUGACCUCAAACUGGGACAUUUCUGUGCUGCGAUAAAUCAGACCUCCAGCCAAUCAGAAGUGAGGACCGAGUAUGCAGAGCAUGAAGUCUUUUACCAUGACCAGUUCGGAGCAGAGGAAGCUGCGUUCUCGCGAUGCAGCCAGGUAUCGGCGGAGUCAGGAGACGGAGGUGUUUUAUGAGCUCGCCCACACUCUGCCGCUCCCCCGUCGAGUCUCCACCCACCUGGACAAAUCCGCCAUCAUGAGAGUCUCCCUCAGCUUCCUGUGGAUGCGCCGCCUCCUUCGACCUGAAGGUGGCAGUCAGAAGGAAGAGUCUGCCGAGGAAGAGGAGGAAGAUCCGAUGGAUGCGUUCUACCCUCAGGUGCUCGCUGGCUUCAUCAUGGUGAUGACGGAGGAGGGGGACAUGAUCUACCUGACGGAGAACGUCAGCAGACACAUCGGCAUCACACAGCUGGAGCUGCUCGGUCAGAGUAUUUAUGACUUUGUUCAUCCCUGUGAUCAGGAGGAGCUCAGAGACCUGCUGACUCCCCGUCCAGGUUCGAGUAAGAAACAGACAGGACAGCCCAGCGAGAGGAACUUCUUCCUGCGAAUGAAGAGCACUCUGACCAGCAGGGGGCGCACCGUCAACAUCAAGUCUGCUUCCUGGAAGGUGCUCCACUGUACAGGUCACGUGCGUCCGUUUGGCGGCAGCUCAAGGUCGCCCCCUGCAGCCAGAGUGAUGACUCUGCUGUGUGAGCCCAUCCCUCACCCGUCCUGUGUGGAGUUCCCCCUGGACACGUGCACCUUCCUCACCCGCCACAGCAUGGACCUGCGCUUCACACACUGCGAGGGCAGGGUGACCGAGUUGGUGGGAUACAAACCUGACGAUCUGAUUGGCCGCUCGGCCUACGAGUUUCAUCACGCGCUCGACUCCGACCGCAUCAACAAGAGCCUACACACACUGCUGUCCAAAGGUCAGGUGAACACCAGCCACUACCGUUUCCUGGUGAACAGCGGCGGCUUCGUCUGGGCCGAGACGCAGGCGACCGUCCUCUACAGCAGCAAGACGUCGCAGCCCGAGGCUGUCGUAUGCCUCAACUUCAUCCUCAGUGCCGUGGAGCAGCCGGACGUCGUCUUCUCCGUCGAGCAGAUCCGUCACGGUCAGGCUGAGCCCCGCUCACCGGAGCCUGCACCGGAGGACUGUGGGUCUCCUGACAUCCAUGGCUCUGACCCUGACAGCGAACGUCUCACCAGCUCCAGCCAGGGCGAGGAUGUGGAUUUGGAUCAGAGCAGCGCUGCAGAGCUCUUCUUCAAACUGAAGGACAAGCCUUGGGAGCUUCUCCAGCUGGCUCCUGAGGCUGGAGACGUCAUCGUGCCGCUGACAGAUUUUGCUGAGCUGUCGUUCUUCAGUCCAUCCAGUCUAAACUCGGUGCCGGACCAUCCGCAGGAUCUGUGUACCCCACAGCUGCGACAGCUCCUCUUGCCCAUCUUCAACCCCAUCGCUCCGCCCUCAUCGAUAUCACCACCACCCUCGUCGCCUGACCCCGAGCCGAGCUCCUGUGAGGAGGAGGAGGAGGUGGUGAUGGACACCAGCGAGGUGGAGAAGUUCUUUGCCGUUUGGCCAGAAGAUGGUCAGAACAAAGGAGAAACACAGAAGGACAUAGAGGGGAUGGACCUGGAGAUGCUGGCUCCUUACAUCUCUAUGGACGAUGACUUCCAGCUGACCUUCCUCAGCAGUUUGCCCGAGGACGCCGACAAACCUCCGCCCUCUUCGUCUGAAGCCUCAGCCGUGACGCCUGCAGUCACAGUGAGCAGGAAACGGACUCACAACCCAGAGGAGGAGACAUCGUCCCAGCUGACCAUUCAGGACAAGAGACAGAAACAGCAGGCUUCCUCAUUAGAAGAGGAACUUCUCCUCAGCCACAGAUUACUAGACUGUCUGGACGAAACCGACCAAUCAGAUUUGAUCCUGGACCCUGGACCGGGAGGGCGGAGUCAGCUGCUCACAGACAAAGACCCACUUUUAGGAGGCAUACAGGGACUCUGUGACACUGCAGCUCUGAUGAAGGACUUUUUCGUACCUCGCCCACCUGACCUGUCGCCGCCUCUCUCGCCUUUGACCUGAUGGAGCUUCUUUCCUCUCGAAUCAAACGCAGGGCACCACAAACACAUACGCACAUGUUCAUAUAAACCCACCGGGCGGCCCUGAUGCGAGGUCGGACGUGACCUCGCUGCUUGUAGCUGAACCAGGACGGCGACGUGCUGUAAGGCGGGUGGGAGGUGCUGCUCGCUUUCCUCGACCCAUCGCUGCCCCAGUCGCUUGUUUUCCUUCUACUUUUACACUUUAUCUCUGUGAUGUGUGUGCUCCAAAUGCUUUUCUAACUUUUAGUUUGACUCAUGAUGAUGACCCUCAUGAUGAUGCUCAUACAUCUGUGGCCGUCCAACGUAGUAGAUUAAUGUACUAAUUAGACACACAAACACAAAAGUGUGUAGUAUUUCCACUUGGAUGUGCAGUUGUCUGUCUGCACCUGCCGCUGUGCAGAGGAUUGUGGGUCAGAACGGCCAGAAAAGCCUACCUGCGUUUGACACACUGUGUACUGGGACAUACUAAAUCCUUUUCUGUCAUAUUAAAAUAGUGUGGUAGGACACAGCCUGAGAAGCCACCGUUGUGAUCAGGUUGUUUCUUAGAAACGGCUUUGCGGUGCUGAAAUUUUAAUGCAAAACGUGUGAAAGAUUAAAAAUCCUACAUGGAUUGUGUUUUUUCUCUGAGCAGCUAAAUCAAAUUGGUCACAUUUAAUCGUCUCAGUGCUUUGACUUUGAGCCAACAUCCGUCGAAUAUGAACAGCUUCCUGCUGCUACUCUUUUCUUCUGUGUUGUUCUGAACAAACAAGCUAGCGAGAUAUCAGUGGCAUCGUUUAUUUCAGUGGCAUGUUUUUACGUCUUUUUUAUACACUUGUGCUAAACCUUUUUAAGCAGUUCAUUUAUCAGAAAGAUGAAAACCCUGAGUCAACAAUCAGCCGGCGUUUGUUUUAAUCUCCCUGAGGUGCUGGGCGGGUGGGGCUCUGAUUAAACUUGCAGUAGGGUUAGCUUUUUUAUGUACUCAUUAGAAAUGUAUGAAAACACUAGUAUUCAUGUUUUUGUCAUAUAAUUUGUAAGAAAUUGUGCCUCGGCGUAUACGACCUGAAAGUUAAUGUGUGUUUUUUCAGUUGCUGUGUCGAUGAAAAGUUGUGACGCCGUCUGAGAUGUGGCGGAUUGUUUUUACUCCGCCACACUUUUCUACAUGCAUCCGUCCGGCAAUAUAAAACUGUAUCUCAAACAUGUUCUUUGUGCCUUUUAUCACCCAGUGAAGGUCCUGUUUGAUCCAUGCAGGAUCUGCUCUAAAAGUCCCCAGUGAUUUAAAAUGAACUCUCUUUAUUUCUACUGUUUAUCCUGGAUGUAUUCUGAAACUAAAUAAAAACGGUGAAGUAAAA